AUGCCAAAAAAUAAUAUUUUUAUCGCAAAAAUAAAUUCUAUAACAUCUAAAUUUGACAAAAAUGAGCAGAAAAUUCUACACAAUUUUUUAAUAGAAGAAUCUCUUGACAAUUUAUUUAAUGAAAAGCCCAUUUCAAAAAAUAAAAUAAAUUUAUUUUUUCUUCUUAAAUCAUUUUCUGAAUCUGUUUAUGAAAACAAAAAAGAAAUUUUGAUGCGACAUAAAGCCAUUCAAACACGCGCGCUUAUUCUGGACCUUAUAAAUACUGAUUAUUCUAUUGAUAUUAAAUAUAUUUAUAAACCUGAAAAAUGGAUUUUUGCAAUUAUUAAGGAUAUAAAUGAUUGUUUGAUUGAUUAUCCAGAUUUAAUUAAUUUAUAUAAUAAAUCACUUAUUCAAGAAUUUAGGGAUAUUUUUCUCAACAAGGUUGAGAAAUAUGGAUCUAAUGGAAAUCAGCUACUUGUGAAUUUUUUAUAUUAUAUUAAGUUUAUAAAGAAUUAUGUGGAUUGUGAUUUUACCAUUUUCUUAAAUGAAAUAAAAAAGCAAAUUAAUCCUUCAAAGUUGUAUAAGGAUAUUGAGCUUAAUAAUAUUGUUGAUGAAUCUUUUGAUUAA